AUGGCCGGCGCGGCGUCGGGCCAGAGCGACUGCCGGGGCAAGGUGGGCGGCUACGCCUACGACCUCACCCCGCUCGCGCAGAAGCUUGGCGCUGUGGACCUCCAGACGCGGGAUGGCGGCAACCCGCCCCAGAACUACUACUACCGCGUGUGCGGCGUGGUGAGCAACAACUUCUGCCAGACCGUGGACGACAUGACGCCCGCCGUGUGCCAGAAGGACACGCGAAUCCCUGCGGAGUUCCACGACUGUGGGAACCAGAAGACGGCCACCUUCAGUUCGUUGCCGAACCGCCCCGACGACGCCGGCUUCACUGUCUCCUACUCCGGCGGGCAAGACGGCCGCGCUGCCAAGAUCUAUUUCGUGUGCGACCCGAGCAAGGACCCGGGCGUGUUCUCCUGGGUCAACGAAAACCCCGUCAAGACCUACAACCUCCAGUACGUGUCCAAGUACGCCUGCCCGAUCGGCGCACCCACGCCCAGCCCGAGCCUGAGCCCGAACCCGGCGCCGCCAUGCAAGGGCAACGCGUGCUGCCUCUACCAGUUUGACUCCGACCCGACCAUGACCCGGACCCUGUGCGCCACCAAGUGUCCGCCGUUCUUCGGCGGCUUUGCGCUGGUCUUCAACUGGACCGUGUCGCCGUGCACCAGCGACAGCUGCUUCUUCCACAAGAAGUAA